AUGGCUGCGGGAUCGACUUGUCUUGCGGAGAGCGAUAAGCCGUCCGGAGACAGAUUAUUGUCAAUUCCAAGUAGUCAUCGGCCGAGAACCGCCCGUUCAAUUGGGAGCAACGCCACUGCUGGUCUCUGCAAUUCCUACGCAAAACAGAGUUCGAAGUUGAGUUUCGGUGACCCACGACAUCGCCAGCGCGGUCCGCCGGGCCAUCAAGCCUCCAAUUCUUGGAAGUCGACGCAUGGCCUCGAAAUUGUGGUUUCCUCACGGAAUAGUCCUUUGCCAGAGUGGAAAGCUGCUGGCUAUAUUGAUAUGAUGGUUUUGGAAAGUAGAGCAAGUAUAGCAUCCCACCAUAAUGUUCACACUGUUCUCAAUGGUGGAGAUCCAACAGCCGAGGCGAAUUAA